CACAACACAGAGAAAAAACAGACUGCGGGGAGAGUGCAAGAAUUUGCUGAAAAACAUUUUCGGAGAUCUUAUGGGACUUAAUAUUCAAUGUGCCGUGCUAUAUACGUAAUUUGAGUGAAGUAUUGGGUGCUGUCUCUUUGUGGAGGUGCUGUUCAUCCAAGAAUCACCCAAACUGGUUGUCGCAUCAAGCUGACGAGUUGUUGUUACUUCAACUUUGGUGUCAAUUCGUUCUUUUAUUUUGCAUUGUUAUCACUGUAAUUACCAAGAUUACUCCGUCUCAAAUAUGCUUUAAGCAUAUGGUUUGCUGAUUUUCUAUAAAUAGUGGUAAUUUAUGCCAUUUCUGGUGGCAAAAACUGACAGAGGAAUGUCUCGGCAUGAAGGUGUCAGCUGCGACGCGUGUCUGCGGAGUAACUUCCGCGGCCGGCGCUACAAGUGUCUGAUCUGCUACGACUACGACCUGUGCGCCGGCUGCCACGAGGCCGGCUCCACGACCACGCGCCACACGGCCGACCAUCCGAUGCAGUGCAUCCUCACCCGCACAGAUGCUGAGGUGCUGUACGGCGGCGAGGCGCUGCCUCUGGAACAACCGCGCUCGUUUGUGUGUCCACACUGUGGCCGGAUGGGUUUCACAGAGACGACACUGGCCGACCACGUCAGCGCUCAGCACUCUGACUCCGUCACACAAGUGGUGUGUCCCGUGUGCGCCUCUGUACCGAGCGGAGAGCCGAACCACGUCACCGAGGACCUGCCCACCCACCUGACUGUGGACCACCACCGCGGCGGCGGCAGCGGCGGCCUCUCGGCUCGCGAUCUCAUCUCGUUCGGGGACGAGCCGGCGCCGGCCGGCCGCCAGUCGGCGCGCCGUGUGCCGCACCCGGCUCAGGCGGGCGGCGCACCGCGCAUCCGCCGGUUCAACACGGCUCACUUCAGGUGGGAGGAGUCGAUGGACCCGAUCACGGAGCUCCUGUCUCAGCUGUCUGGCGUGCGUCGCGCCGCCACACUGGUCUCUGGCGGCCCCAGUGUGGGCGCCAUCGGCACGGGCACCGCCUCCCGGCUGCAGCAGCUGCAGGCGCAGGCGGUGCGUCAGCGCGGCGACCGCCCCGCGCGCCGUCAGCCGGCGACGGCGGGCGGCUCGGCCGACGGCAGCACGACGGCCGCGCCCGCCACCGAGGCCGCCGCCGCCGCUGCGCCGCGCCGUCAGGAGGCUGGAGCCGCCGCCUCCGGAGCCGGAGGGGCCACCGCCGCCGACGGACCCCAGUUUCUGCUGGCUAGUAUUCUGGACGAGGAUGACUCGGAGCUGGCCGGCCGUCAAAUGAACAGAGCCGAUCGUAGCGCCUUUGUACAGGAGGUGAUUCUGUCCACUCUUAUUGACUCCAUUGACUCUACGUCGAUAUGUGAAUCGAGCGGCCGUCCGGCGGCGGCUGUCGGCGCGGCCUCCCCCGCUCCCAGCUCGGUAGUCACCAGCCAGCCGGCCGGUCAGAAGGGGCGGGACGCCCGACCCGCGGCCGCCGCCGCCGCCGCAGGCCCGCCGGCUCGCGUGACGCCGCCGUCCGCCGGCCCUCCGGCCGGAGCGGCGGCGGCGGCGGGCCGGCCGGCGGCCGUGUCGUCGCGUCUGCCGGCGGCGCGGCCGGGCCGCGGUGCGCCGCAGCUGCGCGCCUCCGGCCUGGUGCACCACCCGGUCGGCGUGGUGGCCGGGGUGCGCGGUCAGAGAAAGCCGCCGCGGCCGGCCGCCGCCGCCGCUGCUGUGGACGGCAGGCCGGCCGAGCCGUCCGCCCAUUAGCCUGGCGUCGGGUACCGCUCAGGGUGCGCGCCGUCUCUGUCCGCCGCCGCCGUCUCUGCGGAGCCGGCCGGCCGCCUGGACCGGCCGCAGAGAAGUCAGCGCGGCACGGAGGCGGGCGGAGCGGGCCGGUCCGGCCGCACAGCGCGGCCCAGCCGGCCCGGUGUGCUGUGCUCUGCCGAGGGCCGCGGUGCGCGCGGUGUACCGGCGUCCGGAGCCGGGCGCCAGCUCAGUCGCUCGGCUGCGCUGUAGUGCCUGUGAGUGCGUGUGCGUGCGGCGAAUCGCGAGCGACGCGCAGUAUCCUGACGCACAACCAGCCGUAUGAGCUGCCGCCAGCUGCGGGGGCGGCGAGGGCGACCCUGCCGGCCUCUGGGCACCGCGUGCGGCGCCCUCUGUGCUAGUCUGACCGACCGGCCGACUGGACCGCCGAGGGACUGGCGCGAGACGACUAACCUGGCUUCUUUCUGACGACACCCUCUAAGGAGUCGACCGAUCCCAGGUGAGGGAGGGGCGCGGCCCUCGCCGGGACUGGGUGUGGAGCGAGUUUCGCCGCGCGUGAGAGUUGCUGUCGUGAGCCCCGCCUUCUGAAGACGACUGAUAGCGGGAGCCGGCGCGGCGCCGUCCGUCCCGGCCGGCGCCGGCUCUCGACCUCCUGUGAUUGCUGUUUCUGGCGUGUGCGCGAGUCUGUGUGUGUCUGUGCGCGUGUGUUCGCCGUGUGAACGUGCGCGUGUGUCCGGCGCUGAGCGUAACUAGGCGUGUUGGGAGGGGUCAACUCGGGAUGUGAUACAGUUAUCAGUCGCGCGGGCGUCCUUCCCCGCUUAAUGAUGCUUCGAUGAUACACACACUAAAUCACCUAUAAAUCUGUAUAUUACUGUGCUCUCCGAGGAAUGCUAUAAAUAAAAGUUGUUGCUGUACCAGC